AUGGCAGCGCCACCUCCUUUCCAAGUUGCUCUUUCAGAUGAGUAUGACCCAUCAAUACCUAGAAUAUUGCCACAUGAACAUGUGUUUUCUAUCCAAGUUGGCUACAAAAUGUUUAAGCUAAGCGGAGCCUCGUUAUCAUCAGAUGCUCCUUCUUAUUUCACAAACUUUUUCAGUCAUGAAAGAAAUGACAAGGUAUUGUUCAUAGAUAGAGAUCCUAGAACGUUUGGAAAAAUUUACAAUCAUCUUCAAGGGUAUGUAGUUGAAGUUGAUAACGAAUAUGAUUUUGUUCAUCUAUGGUCCGAUAGCUUUUAUUUCGGAUUAGAAAAUCUUCAAAAGUAUUUGCAGACUCAUUUCAUUUUUGCAUCAGUCGGCUCUAAAACAUUUAAAAUUGACAGGACUUUAAUCUCAGGUAAGGGUAAUUUUCCUAAUUUUUUUACAAUCAGCAAUGAUUCUAUCUUAGGUGAUAAUUUCAAAUUGAUCGAGGAAAAGAAACUCUUUAGACCACCUCCACAAAGGCCUAUCUGUGCUCCAAAUCGAUCUGCCAUACUCUUUGCUGAUGUACUUGAGCUAUUAACAGGCAACGACCUUAUUAUAAAGAAUGAUGAGCACAGAAGUCUCUUAUUGAGAGAAUGCAGAUAUUACAGGUUCUUAGAACUCGAGCAAAGGAUUAUUAAAAGUAGGAUUUAUAAUAACCCAUUUCAGGAAGGCAUUCAAGAGAUUAUAUUAAACCUUAAUGACUUACAAAGUAAGGGGAUCUUUAAUGCAUCAACUUCGAAGCUAUCUGAGCAGCCGAUACAGUACGCAAGGCCAUACCUAUUGAACGAGCCUAAAAGAAUAUUGGUUUUUCAAGUAGAUACAAUUGAACUGUCAAAGGGAUUCUCCCUGAUGAAAUUGAUUUUGAACAAAAAAGAGAAGAUGGCUCUAGUAAAGCUUAAAGGUGACCUUUGUAUUAAAUUUAUGCAAGUCUUCAAAGCUUAUCAAGAGCAUUUCAGGGUUGAAAAUAGAGAAUCUAAAAAUCCUACUAUAACUUUAAUAACUGGCUUGGCAGAUUGUCAGGCUAUAAUAAAUGGAUUAGAAAUGAAAAAGGACUGGGUCGAAGAUAUUCUUUGUGGUCCCAAUUUGGUUGAUGUUACAUCUGAUGAAGGAUUUAAGCGAUUACAUGAGGAACAGCACUUUCCUAAAAAGAGAAAAUACUCCGAGGACUCACCUAGUGAGAUAAUUGAAUUCAUGUUAACUAAAUCUCUUUGGAAAUUAGUAAUGCGAGGAAAUAUGUCUAGGUUGCACUGCAUUUCUUUCGAUGCAAUUGCCGAUCAAAAAUCUUUUACCAAGAAAGUCAAAGAUUUUUUAUAA